AUGGGAAAACCUCAAUGUCAUGCACGCUGCCAAAGGAACCUCCAGGAGAAAGAAGCUUACGUUGCAAGCAUGAAGGCUGAAAUUCCAACAAAAAGACAGCUCUGGAUCUGUUUGUAUGAAAUGUUGUGCAAUAGACUAAAUGAAAUUUCUUCUCAUCUCUCCCGUUAUGAUAAUAGGUUCAGAGAACAACGAACAAUUCACGAGAACCUUCGUUUUCAUUGCAACCAUAUGCGAUCCGAAGUAACACAUCUGCGAAACCUUCUUAAGGUCCAGAAUGUUCAAGAAUUGACAAGCCCUACGAUACAAAGAAUUUCAACUAUCUGCUGA